AUGUCAGGACCUCAAUGCUGUUCAAAUCCACCAAGCUUGAACCCCACUGGAGGAGGUGGCCAUGUUGACAAAGUAGGUGGUAUUGAUUCCUAUUUCACUGGAUCUCCUCACUCUAAACUCGCCGUUCUUAUGCUCUCCGAUGUUUUUGGAUAUGAAGCGCCAAAUUUAAGGAAGCUUGCUGACAAAGUUGGAGCUGCUGGGUAUUAUGUAGUUGUUCCUGACCUCUUGGAUGGUGAACCCUUUAAUCCUCAGAAUUCGGACAGGCCCUUUCCUGCUUGGAUAAAAGAUUGUGCCACUGGCCUGCCACAUUUGUUGGCAGUUUCUGAGAAAGGUGCUGAACCUACAAAACCCAUAAUUGAAGCCUUAAAAAGUAAAGGUGUUUCAGCUAUUGCAGCUGUUGGUUUUUGUUGGGGUGCUAAGGUUGUUAUUGAACUUGCGAAAUCCAAACUUAUUCAAACUGCUGUGCUAUUGCAUCCAUCAUUUAUCUCCCUGGAUGACAUCAAGGGUGUUGAUACUCCAAUUGCUAUACUUGGAGCCGAGAUUGACCAAGUUUCUCCUCCAGAGCUUGUGAAACAAUUUGAACAAGUCCUAGCUGCUAAAUCUGGGAUAUCAUUCAUGAGCAUUUUUUUUGUGUUGGUUGCCAGUUUUGUUAAAAUAUUUCCGAAAGUUUCACACGGUUGGGCUGUGAGAUAUAACACUGAGGAUGCAGAAGCUGUGAAGGUGGCAGAAGAGGCCCACCAGGACUUGCUGGACUGGCUUGCUAAACAUCACAAGUGAGACCUAUUGUUCUGUCAAAACUGUACAAUGGAGUACUUGAGGGAAGGAUGUAAAAUGCUACUCAAUCAACGUGCCUGUAGUUUGCAAGAAAAUAAAUGUUGUAUUAUUACCUGUUGGAAGUGAAUCUUAUUUCUGGAUGAUCCUAAUAAUGUUGAUUUGAGUUUGGUGGACAGUUGUGAUUUGAGAUCUUAAUAAUGUCUUGGUGUUACUGUGUA